GCGAGUUCAGUGACGACUGACUCGAGACGACGAAGACGACUGAGCAAUUCAGAUUGCUUCUGAGCUGGUGUCUUGGCAUCGCGAAUUCGUCUUGGUAUACGACCUGUCACGGGGAAAUGGCAGUCGAUCUUACUCUUUGUACAAUUAUUACAUGGGUCUUUUCUGUCGCAGCGGAUCUUGCGACGACGACAGGUUACACAGCUCCAGAUUUUGAGGUUCGAUGUGACCUCAUGAUGGGAUGUUGAUAGAGAUCGGUCCAUCGGGGAUUAUAAGCUCCAACAGAAACACAGAGGUAUAGGGUGGUGACGGGUAGAUAUUUGGAUAACAGGAGACGGAAACAGCAAAUUCGCGGUAUUUGCGACUCAAUUGAUAGAAUAUGUCGUAUAUACUUUGCUUACUGAAGCUGCUGAUGAGGGGAGCCGAAGGAUCGGGGGAUCGUCAUCGUUUUCGGACACGGCGUUCGGCCGUGAUCCCUGUCACCGGAGCAUCCACCACCGAGUGCGAGGGACAGGCAACACUAACAGAGAUACAUAUAUAUGCAAUUUGUUCAUAGUUGGACCAAAGUACCUCCAGAUAAGCCCUUCUCAACACCAAGGUAUGCCCAUCACCGACACCGAGCAUCUGUAUGUUUUUAUAAAUGAGAUUACAGUAAUAAUGAUAAUUAACUAACCUAUCCUACUCUCCUUCGCCUCCAUAUAAUUGAAACAGCAUCACCAGCCAUCAUGACAAAAACCGUAGUCAUCCUAGGUGCAGGUUGGGCUGGUCUUCCACUCGCCCACAAGCUUCUCAAACACACCCUUCCCAAACUUGUUGACCUCAAAGUCAUUCUUGUAUCCCCGAACAGUCACUUCUUCUGGAAUGUCGCUGCCACUCGUGGGAUAAUACCGGACGCCAUCCCAGAUGAACAGCUCUUCCUACCAAUCAAGCCGGGUUUCGAUCAGUAUCCGUCCGAGAAUUUUGAGUUCCUCCUUGGGAAAGCAGAUGGAGUCGAUGCCGAAUCGGGUACUGUUCAUGUAAUCUCUAAUGAGAAUACCGGGCGCGAGAUUAGGUACGAUGAGCUGGUGAUUGCGACAGGGUCUCGGCUGGCUAGUGAUCUUCCCCUGAAGCCUGUUGGAACUCAUCAAGAUACCAUCUCGGCAUGGAAGCAACUGCAAAGUCGAGUCGGAGACUCAAAUUCAAUAGUAAUCUCAGGUGGUGGUGCUACAGGAACUGAAGUUGCUGGUGAAUUGGCCGCAGGAUACGGCUCUUCCAAGAGCAUCACCCUUGUUAUUAGUGGUGAACAACCGUUGGAAGGGGCCAUUGACUCAGUUCGCGCGUCAGUCACAAGAGAUCUCAAGACCCUAGGGGUCAAACUCAUCUAUAAUGCGCGCGUCACCGAAGCAAAGAAGGGAGAAAGAGGACAAGCGACAGAGGUGCACUUGUCCAACGGAAAUACCCUCACCACAGAUCUCUAUCUACCUUUGUACGGCAUCAAACUCAACACCUCGUUCGUACCGCAAUCGUUCUUAGACUCUGGUGGAAACACCAAGCUUGACGAAAGGAUGAGAGUUGCCGGGACAAAGAACAUCUGGGGCAUUGGCGACGUUGGCAACAUCGAUCCCAAGCAAUUGGCCAUCACGGACAAUCAGAUCAUUCACUUGGCGACAGCUCUAGAUGUGACUUUGACGGGGAAGGGGGAUAUCAAGCCGUAUCAGCCUGCGACUAAGAAGAUGCUAUUCGUAUCACUGGGUAAGAAGUAUGCGACGGGUCAGAUUGGGAACUGGAAGCUGUUCUCAUUCAUGGUAUCGUAUGUUAAGGGAAGGAAAUUGUUUGUUGAUACAGCUGAGGGAUACGUGGGAGGGAAGCACUUGAGGCAUGCGGCCAUGUAAUAUUCUCUGAUACAUGAUCUUUGUACUCUAUCUCAUCUGUUCUAGACCCUAUCUAGAGUAAUAUUCAUCCUGUCAAUCUGUUUCACGCUGUGGUCCCGUUCCUCGUA